AUGUCUACAACUCUGCAAAUUCCAGGUGCUAUUGACGUUCCAGAACAGAAUAGCUAUACCUAUAUUGUCCUACUUGAUCCGAACCAGACAUUUCUUUGCUCUAGUCUUGGGCUAGUCUUGGACUAA